AUGGAUACCUUGUUUAGACUAGUCAGUCUCCAAUCUGAUCACCAUCAAUCUUUCAACAACUCAACCACCACCAGAACCUCAACACCAACAACUACCACCACUACUUCCAGCAGCUCUAGAUCCUCCUUCCUCAGCCCCCCUCAUCAAAACCCUCACCCUAAUUACCCCCACCAAAACGACGACGUCGAAGAAUGCUUCAACUUUUUCAUGGAUGAAGAAGACUUCUCCUCGUCUUCUUCCAAACACUACUACCCAUCAAACCACCCAACCCCGCCAACCCCAAACCCUCUCCUCACCACCACAACCACUCCCACACCCACAGAUUUCUCCUUCUCACCCGCCCUCAUCAACUUCGAGCUCUCCAACGGCAAGUGGGCUCCGGAGCUCCUCUUGGAGACCGCCAAGGCCAUCGCCGACAAGAACAGCUCCCGCGUCCAGCAGCUCAUGUGGAUGCUCAACGAGCUCGGCAGCCCGUACGGCGACACCGACCAGAAGCUCACCUCCUAUUUCCUCCAGGCUCUUUUCAGCCGCAUGACCGACUCCGGCGACCGCUGCUACCGAACCCUAAUCUCCGCCUCGGAGAAAACGUGCUCCUUCGAGUCCACCAGAAAAAUGGUGCUCAAAUUCCAGGAGGUCAGCCCUUGGACCACUUUCGGACACGUGGCGUGCAAUGGGGCAAUCAUGGAAGCCUUCGAUGGAGAGCCCAAGCUCCACAUAAUCGACAUCAGCAACACUUACUGCACCCAGUGGCCGACGCUGCUCGAGGCCCUGGCCACCCGAACUGAUGAGACGCCGCACUUGCGCCUCACUACUGUGGUUGCCACCAGAGCCAGCGACAGCUCUGGUGGUGCACCAGCGCAGAAAGUAAUGAAGGAAAUUGGCGCCAGAAUGGAGAAGUUCGCCCGAUUGAUGGGCGUGCCUUUCAAAUUCAACGCGGUCCAUCACUCCGGCGAUCUCUCCGAGCUGAAUUUAUCAGAGCUGGAUAUCAGAGACGAUGAGGCCCUGGCCGUCAACUGUGUUGGCACUCUACACUCAAUCCAAGCCGUUGGAAACCGGCGUGAUUAUUUGGUGUCUGCGUUCCGGAGCUUGAGACCGAGGAUCAUCACUCUCGUGGAGGAAGAGGCUGAUCUCGACGUUGGGGUUGACGGGCUUGACUUUGUCCACGGCUUUCAAGAGUGCUUGAGAUGGUUUAGGGUUUACUUCGAGGCGCUGGACGAGAGCUUCGCCAGGACCAGCAACGAGCGAUUGAUGCUCGAGCGGGCAGCAGGUCGAGCCGUCGUCGAUUUGGUGGCCUGCGCGCCGUCAGAGUCGGUUGAAAGGCGCGAGACCGCCGCUCGCUGGUCAAGGCGAAUGCAUGGGGCCGGGUUUAGCCCCGUGACGUUUAGUGAUGAGGUGUGCGAUGACGUACGCGCCUUGUUGAGGAGGUACAAGGAAGGUUGGGCAAUGACACAGUGCUCGGAAGCCGGCGCUGGAAUAUUCCUUUCGUGGAAGGAUCAGCCCGUGGUUUGGGCCAGCGCUUGGAGGCCUUGA